GCGGAGCCGUCGCCGUCGCCGUCGCCUCCCCGUGUCGCUAGCCGGCCAUGGAGUAAGUAAGUAAGCAGAGCAGGGAGUAGUAUAUUACGCCAAGCCAAAGCUUGCCUGCCUCCCCGGCCGCGCUCACCAGCACGACACCGGCCGCGCACGCCAACGCAAGCCAAGGCGGCGGGUGGGCGGGAGCGCGCGCUUUUCUUGCACCGACUCGCGGCGUCGGAUGCUCGUGGCCGCGCUGAGGCACAUGCUGCGCCGCGUCCUCGCCGGCCUCCGCGCGCUGCACCCGCGCCCGCGCAGACGCCGGCAGGGCGGUGCUGGUGGUGGCGCUGGCGCUGCUGCCGGUGCCGGAGCGGCGACGGUGCCCAAGGCGCGCGUGACCGUGCGCCGGCUGGGCAGCAACGGCGGGAGCAGGAAGGCCGGCACCCCGCGCGGCGGUGCUGAUGGGUCGGCGCCGGGGGAGGGACGGCAGCCGGUGACCAUCCGCGUGGCGACGUUCAACGCGGCGCUGUUCUCCAUGGCGCCCGCGGUGGCCGCAGUCCCUGAAGCGGGACCGGGAGCGGAGCGCGAGGCCGCGCGCCGGAGCGGCGCGGGCGCGGGCACGGGCGCGCGGCCGCGGCCCAAGGGGAUCCUGAAGGCGCAGGCGAGCCUGCUGUCGCGGGCGCCGAGCAAGGCGCGCGUGUCCAUCAACCUGCAGGACAACGAGAUCUCCCUGGACCGGAGCGGGCGGCUGGUCGGCAGCCCGAGGGCCCGGAAGCCGCAUCAGGUGAUCGCGGGCGGGCUGGACGCGAGCCGGCGGCGGAGCGUGGAGGAGGUGCUGCGGGAGACGGGCGCCGACAUCAUCGGGCUGCAGAACGUGCGCGCCGAGGAGGAGCGCGGGAUGCGGCCGCUGUCGGAGCUGGCGGGCGCGCUGGGCAUGCGGUACGUGUUCGCGGAGAGCUGGGCGCCCGAGUACGGCAACGCCGUGCUCUCCCGCUGGCCCAUCAAGCGCUGGAAGGCGCUCCGCGUCGCCGACCAGUCCGACUUCAGGAACGUGCUGAGGGCCACGAUCGAGGUGCCGCGGGCCGGGGAGGUGAACUUCCACUGCACGCACCUGGACCACCUCGACGAGAGCUGGCGGAUGAAGCAGGUGGACGCCAUGCUCCGCUCCGUCGACGGCCCCCACAUCCUCGCCGGCGGCCUCAACGCGCUCGACGGCACCGACUACUCCGCCGACAGAUGGGCCGACAUCGUCAAGUACUACGAGGAGAUCGGCAAGCCGACGCCCAAGGUGGAGGUGAUGAAGUACCUCAAGGGGAAGCAGUACGUGGACGCCAAGGAUUUCGCCGGAGAGUGCGAGGCCGUGGUGGUCGUGGCCAAAGGCCAGGACGUGCAAGGGACGUGCAAGUACGGCACGAGGGUGGACUACAUUCUGGCGUCGCCGAACUCCCCCUACAAGUUCGUGCCGGGUUCCUACACGGUCGUCUCCUCCAAGGGGACGUCGGACCACCACAUCGUCCGGGUCGACGUCGCGAUAGUGCCGGACACCAGGGACGCGGACGAGCAGGCCGCCGGGGGCCGGAAGCAGAGGGUGGUGAAGAUGAGCAAGAAGGGGCCCAGAAAAGGGAUAUGGGCGGCUAAAUGAUGAUGAUACUCUGUGUUAUUUGCUGGAGUCCUUCUCUAGUACGUACAUUCUUUUUCUUUUUUACCUGUUUUGCCAUUGUUGGUAGAGGCGAUGUUGGUUGCUUUCAAUUCAAUUGUGUAUACGGCUGGGAUGGCUAGUGGUUGAAGUGGGGCUGAAGAAUGUGAUGUAUAAGUAACCAGGAGGUGGAAGGAAGCAAUGUAUUUUUGGGAUGGCUUCCAUGCCGCUGUUGCCUGC